AUGUCGUCGUUUUGGCUGUCGUUACUUCUGGAGCGGAACAGCUUUGAUCCAAGAGUUAGACUUGAACUUGGUCAACAAUUGUUGAAUGAACUCUCGAACAAUCAACGACUACCGUCUGACUCAAAAGCUCUCAACGAUUACUGCGAUGUACUGUUUCAAUGGUUGUCUGGUAGUAAUUUUAAGGUGGGCGAAAUUCGAACGGCCACGAUCUUUUCUUUUGGCUGGCUUUACCUAGUGAAUGUACGUAGGAUGCUCUUAUUUCUUCCAGCGAUUUUAUUCUUAUUUUACCUUCAUAUUCAUGCCGUACCAAUUCCUCCCACCAUUCUCGCCAUUUCAGUUCAUCCCAUGCUCUUCUUUUUCUUUUUGUUAUGCAAAUUGGUUGUGUUUAUGUCCUCUGUGAAUGGCAUGCGAUGUGGUUGCUAUUGGACUCUUCCAGUUGACAACGCAGCCCCCUUAUCGAUCUUGUUAUGGAUGGUGACAAUAUCAAAGCCGUCUCAAAUUACCCGAGUAAUUCGAAUAUUCGGUCCGUAUUCGAAAACUGAACCUGGUUUAGAAUUGGCCUCACAACGAUUUGCCGCCUCAUCUUGGCUGGAAGGUGCUCCCGGGUGUCGGACUGCGAUGUACAGUGGGGAAUUCAUGCUCUGGCAAGGUCUCCCAAGCUGA